UCGCCACUCCCCUUACCUUCUACCUUAGUAUCAUUUCUAAGUCAGUAGUGUUAAGGGCUAGGCUGUGCUGCCUCGCUGCCCCAGCGAUGCUUUUCAAGGUGCUUUCAAGGUCAUGUGAGCUUUUCUGACCCCACCCUGGCAAUUUGUGUGAGGCUAAUUUUUUGAACCUAAAUGUGAACCUUUUCACAACUAGGUGGCAUAGCAUUUUGGGCCUGGAGUCGGGAAGUCUUGAGUUCUGAUCCAGCCUAAGAGCCUAGCUGUGUGGCCCUGGGCAAGUUGCUGACCCUCUCUGCCCUUUACGGUUUUCCUCAGUGUCACACGGGGACGACGGGGGCGCCUGCUUCCUAGUGGGUGCAUGAGAUGGGGCCGUGCAGGGCACACAGGCGUUGUGGAUAGCCACCACCCCUUCCCUAGUAUUGGUCCGAUUCUCUGCGGAGUUUUGGGCCCAAUUGAUUAGGCGGUAGGCGAGGUCCUGCUCUGCCCCUCUUCCCACUGAGGGGGGCGAGUGGUGGAAGAGCAGCGGCCGGAUGGCGUGUGUGCUUGCAUACGCACACAUGGGAGCCCCGGGGUGCCUGUGGGCUCACCCACAGACCCGUCGCUCCCUCAGACUCUGCAGAUGGGCAUCUACCACUUCUCGGGGCUCUUCGUGCUGCUCUGCCUGGGCCUCGGCUGCUCCCUCCUCACCUCUUUGGGGGAGCACAUCUUCUACCGCCUGGUCCUGCCUCGGAUCCGCAAGCACGCCAAGCUGCAGUACUGGCUGCACACGAGCCAGAAAAUCCAUCGGGCUCUAAACACCGGCUUAGACCAGGAGAAGAACCAGAAGGCAGAGCCUGUGCUGGAGCCCGCGCAGGAGCCCAGGUUAAGUGUCGGGAGGACCGGGAUGCCCCCCUUCCCCAGGGAGCCCCCAAUCAGGGGGGAAGGAGGGCAUCGGGAAGGGCCUUUUAGCAUUUGAGUUGGAGAUGUUAAAGGGCGGCCAAGGGAUCAGCAGACAAC